UCAUCGUUAUUCAGAUUUCAGACGAAAGACGUACGACCGACUACGCUGAUGCAAACGAUCAGCUCUGCCCGUGGAAUCAUCUCCGAAAUGUUAUCGGAUUCCGGUUCUCCUGUCCGCCGGAUUCUUACGCUCUUGAUCGCCUUUGCUGUAGUUGCAUUUGCUUGUCAUUUUAUCUACAAUACUCAGACCUAUUCCUAUGUUAUCUUACCUCGACCCUUCGGUCGCUCUUCUUCCACUGUCAACCAAGUUUUCUCCCCCGAUGCUGUUAAUACAUCACAGCCGGAUACCAAGGAAUUGAGCCUAGACGGUAUUUUGAAGAAGGCAGCUAUGGAGGAUAAAACUGUUAUCUUAGCUCCAUUAAAUGAAGCUUGGGCGUCACCUGGCUCGAUUAUUGAUAUCUUCAUUGAGAGCUUCCGAAUUGGAAAUAAUACCAGUUGGCUAUUGAACCAUUUGAUAAUUGUCGCCUUAGACCAAAAGGCUUACACUCGUUGUCUAGCUGUUCAUACCUAUUGUUUUGCUCUUGUCACUGAAGGAGUAGAUUUCUCAGGAUCAGAAGCAUAUUUCAUGACAAGUGAUUACUUGAAAAUGGUGUUGAGAAAAAUCGAUUUUCUACGAUCAGUUCUCGAGAUGGGAUACAGCUUCAUUUUCUCGGAUGGUGAUAUAAUGUGGUUCCGAAACCCAUUCCCACAAUUCUAUUUGGAUGCUGAUUUUCAAGUAGCUUGCGAUCACUUUACAGGCAACUCCACUAAUUUAAACAAUGGUCCAAAUACAGGAUUUAUGUAUGUCAAGUCCAAUAACAGGACCAUAGAAUUCUACAAAUUUUGGUACUCCUCCAGAGAGAAAUAUCCUAGAAAACAUGAUCAAGAUGUGUUAAACAAGAUUAAGCAUGACCCAUACAUCAAAAAUAUUGGAUUGAAGAUUAGGUUUUUGGAUACUGCUUAUUUUGGUGGGUUUUGUGAACCCAGCAGAGAUUUGAAUAGAGUUUGUACAAUGCAUGCAAAUUGUUGUUUUGGUCUCGAUAGCAAGCUCCAUGAUCUGAGAGUUAUGCUUGACGACUGGAAAAAAUUUUUAUCUUCUCCUGCAAGUGUGAACGGAUCGAAAAUGUCAUGGAGUGUCCCACAGAAUUGCAGCAUUAAAUCAUUCCAUCCACCAUCAAAGAAGAAUAAUACUCAACCUUCAAAGAAUAAUACUCAACUGUCAACCCAAGCGGAAAGAUCGAAAAUAUAAAACCAAUUUCAGUAUAUGCCUCUCGUCGGGAGCCAACUUUGUAAAGGACGUGCAAAUGACUCACCUUCAACAAAGUUAUAUGUUAGACACCGAAUUGUUACUACAUCAAUUGUUUCUCAAGGCAUGGAAAGAGUGGCUGCUCUCAGAAAUUUGUUGG